GGAGAGAGCGGGCUUGGAUUGCCGAAUAGACCGCCGCCAUGUUGGUUACCCAAAGCUUUGGAAAGUUAAACUGCUCCCCUGCAAGAUUUGCUGGACUAACACUAUCUUUUCAGCGAAAUGUGAGUUACUUGCCUAAAGCAGGACCAGGUGGAAGGUCAUCUUUCAGUGGAGUGGUAGCUACAGUGUUUGGUGCCACUGGAUUUCUUGGGAGAUAUGUCAUCAACAGAUUAGGUCGUCGUGGAAACCAGAUCAUUGUACCAUACCGUGGAGAUGAACAUGACUACCGAAACCUUAGGAUGAUGGGGGAUCUGGGGCAGAUCAUGUUUUUUGAUUAUCAUCUAAAAGAUGUUGAUUCUGUGGCCAAAGUUUUGAAACAUUCCAACUGUGUGAUCAACUUGAUUGGCAGACAGUUUGAAACAAGGAACUUUACAUUUGAGGAUGCCCAUUGUGAGGGAGCUAGGGUUAUUGCCAAAGCUGCUCGGGAAGCAGGAGUCAAACGUUUAAUCCAUGUGUCAGCACUUAAUGCCAGUGAGGAUAGUCCAUCAAAUUUUCUACAGUCAAAGGCUCGUGGGGAGGCUGCUGUUAGAGAAGAAUUUCCUGAUGCUACCAUUGUGCGACCUGCAAAGUUUUUUGGCCAUGAAGAUCAGUUUUUGAACUACUAUGUGUAUCUUGGUAAUAUUCCUUUUGGUAUUCCACUUAUUGAUGGAGGCAUGAACACAACUAAAAGGCCUGUUUAUGUGGCUGAUGUUGCCCAAGCAAUAGUAAAUGCUGUCAAUAAUGAUGAGAGCAUAGGGCAAACAUUUGAACUUACAGGCCCAGAAGAAUAUUACUUGCUUGAUAUUCUGGACUACAUCUAUCGGUUGAUUAGGAAAGAACUUCCUUACUACAACAUACCAAGAAAUAUGUACAACCUUAUAGCCUGGGUCAUGGAGCAGUCCAUAUUCAACCCGCGUCUUACACGAGAUAUGCUGUUUAGGGAGUUCCUAUCAGACCAGGUUACACCAGGUUUACCAGGACUGAAAGAUCUGGGAGUUGAACCUCAUUCAGUUGAAGAUAUCGCCAUAUCGGUUCUUCGGCGCCACAGGGACUGCUAUUUCUUUGAGGAUUCCAUCGAUAGUGAGGAACCGUGUCGACCUAGCAGCUCCUACGCAACUCAAUAAACAUUGUCCGUUCUUUUGAGUGAAGAGGGCUUUAAUUGUAUAUAAUGACUUCUACAUCAGCACACUCUCCGUGCUCUUUUAAAGAUGGUUUUGCUACUUUUUGUGUCCUCGGUUAAGACAUGGACAUGGCUUGGAUAUUUGAAAUUUAUUAUUUUUCCUCAUUAUUAGUUGUUAUGGUGACCUAAAUAUGAUGAAUAAAGAUGGUACU